AUGAUGCAAGGCAUGCAGGGACAACAACCUCCUGCUCAAGUUCCCAUUCCUCAAGCUGCAACUGGACCUGAUUUCCGUGCCUUCUUCAGGAUGGAUCCUCCGGAGUUCGUUGGUGGACUUGACUCACUCUUGGCUCAUGAUUGGUUAGCUGGUAUGGAGAGGGUGUUUCAAGCUAUUCAAUGUACUGAAGAAGAGAAGGAUUGGCAACACUUCAAAGUGGCAUUCUUGGAGAAGUACUUCCCUAACAGUGUGAGGACUCAGAAGGAACGUGAAUUUCAGAACUUCAAGCAAGGUGACAUGUCUGUCUCAGAAUAUGCAGAGAAAUUCGAGGACUUGGCAGACUACUCCAGACAAGCUGUUUAUGCUCCAGAUGAACUAUGGAAGAUUGAUCACUUGAAGAGGGUUCAAGAAGAGAGGAACCAGAACAGGACUAACUUUAGGGAGCAAGGGAGGUCUGCUCAAAACUUGAGGCCCCGUAAUCCUCCCCCAAAGAUGAAGCAAAGCCACGGUGACCGUUUUCCCCGACCACCCUUUUGUGAUAAGUGUAGGAAGAAGCACACUGGAAAUUGUGAAGCUUAUCCGGGUAGAUGUUUUGAGUGUGGCGAGCAAGGUCACAUGAUGAGGAAUUGUCCGAAGAAGAGAGCUCCAGAGAAGACUGCAGGUCGAGUUUACACUUUGGAUUCGAGAAAGGCCAAGGGAAACAACAAUCUCAUUGCGGAGAAGGCCAUAUUCAUUCCUGCCGAAGAGACUUCUUCUGACGAUGCAAUUGCCAAGUUGAUAGAAGGAUAUCACCUCUCUUCCUCCGGAAAGAGAAGCGGAAUUCUCGAUCGAUCUUGUUCCUGGGACAGCCCCAGUUUCCAUCACUCCUUAUAG